AUGGCCGACCUACAUCAUGGGUCGUUUUCUUAUUCGACAGGUCCUACGGCUAGCGAUCUGAAAAUCACGAGUUUGGAGGAUUGUCAAUCCCAAUUAAUCGCAGCCAAUAAAUUUGAGGAUUUAGCGACUAUCUUCACGAAUGCGUUGAGCAACCAUUCAGAGGAGGUCGAUAAAUUCGAGAAGUUUAGUGGUGAUAGGGCGAGAGAAUCGGCUCGUCCACGUCUUUCAUUUGUCCCAAUCCAUGCUUUGGCUCUAGGCCUGGAGCCCUUUGAAGAGGAGGCAUUAAAGGCCAUUGUUUUUGGCAAUGUCUCAACAGAUAAUUAUAUCGACAUAUUCUGGGAUAUUGUCACAGAACAGAGCGAGCAAAGAGCAGGAGAAUUAGUUGUCUACGAAGCUGAGCGAUCUUCAGAACCAAGAUUUGUUGUUUGCUUUCGAGAUCAGGUUUUUGACAUUAGAUACAUUCGUUGUGACAAUUUGGUUCGAGAAUAUCCAGAUGUGGCUCAAGCCUCUGAUGGAUUUCUUCAGGAUCUGGAAAACCAGAUUCCUGAAGCGGUACAGGAUGUUGUUAAAAUGAUCCAGCGCGGCGCAGAUAUUCGCCGAAUACUUGAUCAGCAUCCAGCCAUCCGGAAAGCGUAUUCGUUCCUAAAGAGAUGGGUUGCCAUUAAAGGACUUAGUGCGACUCUGCCGGAUAACCAGAUUUUCAAAGCUCUUCUUGAAUGCCACAAGCAAAUAUCCGAGUCCAACGAUGAAAAUACAUCUUUGGAGCUAUCAAACCUAAUCAGCGGAUGCUUGACGCACAUGGAGAACGAAUUAGAUACGAGUCAUAGCUUAUGUCUUCGUUCAAGUCUCGAGUCUUAUCCGUACAAGGACUGGCUUAAUCACAUUGCAGAGACAGAUGAAAUACCAGUUGAGAAGAAGAUGAGACGCACACAUACUAUCAGAGUUAUGGUUACUUACUCCGGAGUAUCGCCAAUGAAGGGAGCGCAGUGGCUGCUGAUGGUCCAACGAAAGCUAGCUAAGCUCAAAGAUCGUAUCGAACGUGCUCUGCCCGAAACUAGCGAUACUAACGUAAUCAUCUGGCCAUAUCGUCUGGUUCAGCCUGACGCAACAGCCACUGAUUCCGUCUACGAAGGCAAUUUUGUCCUUGGUCUCAACCUGAAUCCUCAAUCCGCCGAUCAGGAUAUGGAAACCGUCAAAGAAAUCGCAGAAAACUGGCGACAUCAAACAGAGCAGGACAGAGCGACUUUGAAGUCUCACUGCUUCAUCCGCUUCUCCUACACCACCCUUCCGCCACUCAAAAUCUGCUCCCGUAAAUGGCCCCGUUUGAUCCUCACCAGCGACAACAUCCAAGAUACAGAUUCAGACAACAUGCCCUCCAAGACAGCCAAACCAUCUAAGUUACUUCCAUCUUCCAUCUUCGAAACCAAAGCACCUCGUUUCCGCACAGCAGCAGAAGUACUGAACCGUCUAAAACACGAUCCCUCUUAUAACCUCGAUGAAUUUGUGAUUGGAUAUCUUGAUCGAGUCAAAGAUCGAGUUUUGGAAAAGGCGGCUGCUGAGUGGGAGAGGGAAAGCACGGCUGAGGAAUUUAUCCCGGAACAUAGGAUUGUGUAUUUUAAGAGGUAUGCUGGGAAUGGGAAGGAAGGUGAGGUGGUUUGGGGAAGGAGGGAGAAGGUUGAUUUGGUUUUUAAUAGCUCUUGA